AGUUUAGACAAGAGAGCUUAUUGCGAGUGUUUCUGCGUUCAUUGCGACUCAUUCAGGCGUUACAGAGAGGACAAUCGGUAAGCGACCGUAUUAUUGUAUUGAUUUCCUUGUUUUCUUUUCCUGUUACCGAAUGUUGCAUUGUUAGCUGUGUUUGCGCUCGUGUAAUUGAUAUGUAUUCGUGUCAUAAAAUAGUUAUUUUAGUUUCAGUCCUUUAGUAUCGCUUAGACUAGGUUUUUAAUUGUAUUUUAGUUUGAAGGUUUUGGACAUCAAGUCACAAAUAGUACGAAUAAACUACGUUUGGAAUUAUAGUUGGUCUUUGGUGUCUCGAAUCAGUAUUUCGCUCGAUGUCCUCGCAUUAAAUCCUGUGUAUCUUUGGGACAUUCCGACGUUGUUUCGACGCCUGGAGCAAUAAAAAUUCAGGAAAUCGUCACGGCAGCAGUUUGGAGGGUCUUUACGUUAAAUUCUUAAUGGUUACGAGCUUUAGGGUCAACAUUGCAAGGCUAAAAAAAGAAGAAGAAGUUCAGCAGAACUAACGUAUGUUAAAAUUUUUCACACUUGAAUCGAUUUUCUUUCCCCCAUGGCGCAAAAUAGGUCGUCACUCGACAAUGUUCCGAUUCGGACGCCAUUUUGUUUCACGGCCGUUGGGAGACUGAAACAGAAACUUCGAAUCCCUCUCCCCUGGGGAAGAAUUUAAUUGUAUUUAUGCCCUUUUUCUGGGGGAUAUGGUGAAAUGAACUAUGGACUAAAAAGCAGACUUCAAGAUGGCGGUCGAAGGAGAGGAUUCUUCGAGCUCUCGAAUUAAGAUUAAAUCGGGUCGUUUUUAACUUUAGGGUGCCUAACAGCCAUUUACAGUGUUCUUCUAGGCUACAAAAUACAUUUCAAGGUAGUGUUUUCUUAAUAUUUCCGUAAUUCUUUAAUAAAAAAAUCGAUGAAGAAUGGCAAUGGUCCAUUCAAACCUUCGUAGACUUUAUAUUAGUUCAUGAAUGAAUAAAGUGGUCCGCAAACGCGGCUCGUAUUACAUGUUACAUGAGCUCCUUAGUUUUUGGCGCGCAAUUUGUCUUAAAUUUCGAGCAGUUAGCUUGUUCAAGUAGCAGCGUGGAGAGUUCCAACUUGUGUUUAAUUAGAACACAAUAUCAAAUCCCAUAUCCUCUGCCAUGACCGUGCCACCGCCUUUUCGACCAUCGUUUCGAUCGCAUCGAGCAGUUUUGUAUCCAGUAAUGGCGAUUUCGUCGUCAGUAAUAUCCUUACCUAGAUGGGAUUCAGUUAUGGCUAAAAUGAGAAAAAAAGAUGUCUUUAAAGAUUAAAGAUUUAAAGAUUUAAAGAUUGACUGUGCUUGGGCAAGAGUGUUUCUUAGAGAAACUAAAAGUUUAAGCAAAACUGAAAGGAUUCCCGGUGAAGGAAAUGCAAAGUUUGCUGCUAGAUUGCUGCAAGAUAGAUUUAAAAUCUUCAAUGAACAUUUUCAAGAAUACCCUGAGCUACACAUAAAACGGGAAGACUUCAUGCGGCAUUACAGAACCAUUGAUGAAAAAUUUCACAACUGGAGAAGUAAAACCGAAAAAGAAGCAUACCUAACAGCAUUUUCCUCAAUGAACUGGAAUGAGGGCAAAGUAAUUAGUAAAGAAGGGAAAGAAGAUCACUCUGACGAAGGGCUAACGCUCGAAACGUCAGCUUUUUUACCCUUUACGGUGGCUAAUUUACGUUUUCAACCCAGUUUGUCAAAAGAAGGAAACGAAGAUCAACGAAGGGCUAACGCUCGAAAAGCUUUAAAGAUUAAAGAUUUUUUUUUACCUAAAAGUUUAAGCAAAACUGAAAGGAUUUUACGGUGGCUAAUUUACGUUUUCAACCCAGUUGUUAACACUAAAUUACCUUGAAUAAAAGACAGGCCUGGCAGCUGGUCAACGAGUGAUCUUCUUUCCCUUCUUUACUAAUUACUUUCGUCAGAGCGAUCAAUCGCUCUGACGAAGGGCUAACGCUCGAAACGUCAGCUUUUUUACCCUUUACGGUGGCUGAUUUACGUUUUCAACCCAGUUGUUAACACUAAAUUACCUGCUAUACUCUCCCACCGACGCAGCACCACAGUUUCUUUAGAAACUUACCCCUUUAUUCAUUUGUCUUUUAUUCAACUCUUAAUUACAAUCUACCUUCCCUAUAAGCAAGUUUUGCAGAGGGGCUAGGAAAGGACCUCUGACUGAACUUAACACAAAUGUCAAGAGACAAUGUCAGAGAGAACCUAAGGUCACAAAAAGGAAAUUAAAAAGCAUUGGGGAAGCAAUCUAUGCCACUUACAAUGAAAAAUGCCAGGAAAACUUUCAAAAAUCACUUAGUGACAUUCUAGUGCUUGUCCCUGAAGCUGGUCUUCAAAAAAAGCCUUCACCUGCUGAAAAGAAAAAAAUGAAGAGGAAUGAGCAAAGGCAAACAAAAAAAGAACUAGAGACCAAAAUGACAGUGCUGUUCACCUUAGCCUUCAUCAGUAUUACAGUUCAAGACAAGUCCAAAGAAUGGCCCUGUCCUUUGAAACCUUUGAAGAGGCCAAGGAGAGAGCAAAAACGACCCCACCAAAGAUCAGGGAACGAUCCCACACAGCUUCACCUGCUAACAUAGAAGGAACAUUUGGACCAGCUACUAGCAGAUGUAAAGUCAUAGCCUGAUGGUCCUCCAAACUGGUCAGAAAAAGCCAGAAUGUACAACGUCAAAACCAAGAGAAGUGAUUCGACACCUGGCAAUGGAGGGCAAUUAGUCAAAGCCUUUUUAAAGUCAAAAAAAGUAGACAUUGCCCGAUUUAAGCCCCCAUCAGAAGUGCAUCUCAAUUCAGAGGAUGGCCUUACAGGUAAAAAAGUGGUAAAUUUGUAACUAAGCCGACAGUGGAGAGUUACAUCUCUGCAAUAUCAUUUAUAAGUGAAAGAAAUUGUGUAUUAGGAUUAAACAAAAUUUGAUUUAUUAAUUAAAGAACAGUGAGAUUUAAGAGUUAAAAUUUAGAAUUUAGAAGUACUAGCAAUACUGCUAAUUAUCAUUUUCAUCAGUUUAAUUAGACUACAAAUUAGAAAAACAUUAGAAGAAGUUGGCCUGUAGUAAUAAGAAUGCAUACAACAGUCUAAGUCAAGUUAAUGAUGAAUAUGUGACCCUAUAAUACUUUCAUGGGUUUUUAUCAUUUCUCUAGCCUCAUGUAACAAAAGGUUUGAUUAAUUUUCCAGGAUUCAGGGUACGCAGAGCUAUGAGGGAGCAAAAGAGAGGAGAAAUUUCCAUGCCUGUGAUGCAAUCAAAUAAACAACUAAAGCAAAGCAUCCAUGAGGGAAUAGAGAGUGGCAAAUUUAACAUAGGAGAGCCAGUGAUAGAAAGAGAGAUUACCAAAUUGGCUAUAAAUGCACAGGGAGAGAUAGAGCAGAAGAAAUGCCUCUUGCAAGCAAGGAAAAUUCCCUUCCAAGACAUUAGAAAAGAAGCAUUGAUUAAAAACAAAGACCUCCUUUGAAUAAAAAACGAUGCAUUUUAUGAAGAGCUCAGUGAAAGUGAGAUUCGUGCAGAGCUAGAAAAGAUCAGUGAGGAUGUAAGGGGAACACAUGAUGAAAUCAAACAAAGGCUGAAAAGCUUUCAGCAGAAGAGGCAUUGGCUGAUUUGGCAUGACCAUUCAACCCUUUCAAAUUAUGGUCACAUGCUCUUUUGUGUGAGAGAGAUGUAUGACCCAGCAAUUCAUCUCUCUGAUGCAGAAGCUAGAGUUCAAUAUGGAAAAGAUGUGGAUGUCCAGGCAACAGUAGAGAGGCCCUAUCUGUAUAUGCUGGGGCAGAGCAGUUCCAGCAUUGAAGAUCAGAUAAAAUUUGUUCCAGCCAGACAUGAUGAUUUAGUAAAUUUAACCCAAAAAGUUAAAACAAAGGAGGAUGUUGAAGUAGAAGAUGAGAUGAGAUUCAUGAAUGGAGACAACCCUGCAACAAACUUUGAAUGCGGAAAUCAGCAUGGAGGGCAUUAUGGUUGCCCUGGUUGUGAUGGGCAUUUAAGCAUGUGCCACGAUCUAGAUUACAUGGCCCAAAGAAAGUACAGAACAUUGACCGAAUGGCAACAGCUGGUGUUAGCAGGAAGAAAAGGAAAAGAGGCAAAACAACUCUUGAACCCAUUUAAAGAUCUCAAGGUCAACGAGCUAUGAGCUGAAAUUGAAGCAAGAGGACUUGGAGAUUCAGACAAAACCAAACCAGAACUUGCAGAAAUUUUAAAUGAAGAACUUGGAGGGGCAACAAGAAUUCCAGCACUGUUGUUUGGGGAUGAGAGUGUUUCUGUGGAAAGUCUCAACCUCCAGUCCUAUGAGGUACUGUGUUUUGAAGCUCUUCACUGCUCCAUGAAUCACAUUAAAAACAUUCUGGAAGAAAUUCCACAUCACAUUUCUGACAUUGAUACACUAAUAAAACUUAAAGAAAUACUAGCUGUCCAACUUAACAAAGAGAAAAAACGAGGAGUAGAUUAUCACAAGACACUAAUCUACUUAACUAUAGCCCUUUACCAGACAACAACCCAUGAUGUGAGAGCUUUGCUGGCCACCUUGUGUGAAAUGGUGGAAAUUUUUUAUGCCCAGGACAGAAAGAGGUCACCAAAGUUGAUAUUAAGGUUGCAUAACCUAUGCUGGAGGCAUGCAAUUUUGUGCUGAAAAGUGAUGACCCCAACUAGAGCCCAAACAAGCAGAAAGCUCUUUGGUAUAUACUUCCAUGCAUGUGUAUCUCAUUCCGCCUUUCUUCUCUGUCUUGCUUCACACCGUUCAACUAAUGCAGAAAUGUUUGAGAGGUUGUUUGAGGAGCUGACCGACAUCACCAGGAAGACCUGGAACAACCGAGUUGAAAGCUUAGUGAGCAAUGCAGUUCUGCAUAUGCAAGCAGAGAAGACUUCAGGAGGAAACACAGCUGUGACCUGCAUCAUCAGGCAAGAAAAGGAAAUCAGCAACAUCAGCAAAGCCCUACCAAAGCUGGGAAACACAGUUUUACCCAAAGAUGUCAUCAACACACAUGCUAGGCACUGGGAGGCUCACCUUUAGUCUAUUGCUGACUUCCUUGUACUAGGAGAAGGAGUUUGGUGGAGAGAAAUUGAGGAUGAAGACUGUAUUGAGUUCUUUGAUGGUCCUGAGGAAAUUGAAUUCAGGGAGCAAGGACCUUCCCUUCACCACUUUCGCUCCUCCAAUAUCAGAAUGGAGAAAAUUUUCCUUCAACAUUGCUGGGAAGAAUGCAUUCAAAACAGAAUCAAAAUCCCAGCUACCAGAAUUUCCAAUGAAGAAAACCAUAUUAGAGAAGAAUGCAUGCAACAGAAUCUGCCAGUUCAAGAUCAGUCAUUUGAGAGUGAUGAUGAAUGUGAAGAAGAAGCUGAAGAUACAACUCUAUUAAUUGAUAAAGAAGAGAGUAGUGAAAACCUAGAAAAUAAUCAGAUUCCGGAACCACAGCAGCUGACUGAAACAGUGCAAAAUGAGACAGGUGAACCACUGGCUAAGAAACCAAAAUUAUCUGAAGAUUUUUAACCAUCCAGCAAAACAGCAAAAGCUCUUUCAGAGAUUCUUGGCACAACCAAAGAUGUUAUGUUAUAUGAAAAACUUAAAAAAAAUGCAACAAAAAAUUCAAGCACAAGAUACCACAAGGAACACUUCUUAAAUCACCUGGCACACAUUCAAGUAAAAGUUCUAAAGAAAUACAAGGACAUAAAUGAAGCAAUUAUUGAGUGGUCAGCCAACUUUAAGAAAGUCUUCAAAAAAAAAUCCCACAGAAAACCACAUGAAAAAAGAUCCAGUUAUAGCAAAAACAUGGAGGAAAAAUAAAGUUGCCACUGAGCUACUGAAAAUAUGGAAGAUCACCAUUCACCUUCCUAAAUAAACACUUCAAAUUAUUCAAUGUUUUAACUAUAAUAUGUGCUGAUAUUUUGAAAUUUGCAUAAUACUUUUCCAAGCCCUGAAAAUAAUUAAUAUUUACAGUCCUCAAUGUUAAGUCCAAAGAAAAGCUAUCUUCAGUGGGUUCCACAUGUACUGUAAGCAUGAAAAAGCACCAAAAAAAUUAUUUAAUACAUACCAUUUUGAGGAACUUUAGUAUAACAAUCCAAUUGAUAAAUAUGAGUAUCCUACAUGUAUGUAGAUCUGGGCUGAGUUGUUCAAAGCUGGGUUUAGAUAACCCAGGGUUAGUGUGAAAUCGGAUUUCAGCUCUGGAAGCUUUAAAGGAAAAUUCAGUAGAUUUCUUUUUGUCAACAAUUUGAUGAUUAGAUGCUCCAUAUAGAGUAGAGGAAAAUGAUCCUAAAAAGGCUAUCAAAUAAAGAAGUAUAGAAACCCAGAUUAAAAUUUAACUCUGGGUUAGCGCUAAUCGGCUUUCGAAAAACUGGGCCCUGGAACAUAACUGAAGGCAAUGUAGCAUGGUAGAAAUCUAAAAAAGAACAGCAACAACAUGAUUAAUCGUGUUACAAUGUUUAAUUUUGUACAGCAAUUUUUAAGUCAUCAAUUUAUUUAUGCUUCUAAAGGAUUAAUUGAACAAAAUGAGUUCAAAAUGUAACAUUUGCCAAGUGCAUGAUGAAUAAUGUCGAGCAAAUUAAAUCUAUUCAAGUGAUUUUGAAACUAAUGACUAUACUGUUAGUUCCCAUAGUUAACUUUCAUAUUAGGAGCCACGGUUCACCAGAAUUCUUUUUUCAGAACUAAAUCAUAAAUUCCUUUACGAAACAUGAUUUUACCUUGAGCUAACAAGUGCCUUUCUUCUUACGAAUGUCUCUUUCUCUCCACGUUUGUAAGUUGGACCUUACGCUAAUCACAAGAAAGAUUCUCUAACAACACAAAACAAUUUCAAUUUCACACGCUUCGUCCGAAACAUAUUGAAUUAAAAAAGCGUGGAACUAAAUUAACACCUGCUCGGUGAUGAAAGUAAUACGUAGCUUUCCUGUCAGUCAACAAACGCAUAGAGCCUAGAAUGAUCUAGUAUGAUCGAACUCACACUGAAUUCAAUCGAAGGACGCGCAACAAGCAACACCUUUAAACAACGUCAAAAAGGAAGCAGUGAUAAAAAAUUCCUUACCUACUUAUUCUGCCCAAGUGAUUCCAGACCUCUAACACAGACAAGCCUCAGAAUAUACGAGAGCGACAGAGUUUCCGAAACUUCGAUGUGCCACAAUGUCCGCCAUCUUUGCCGCCAUUUUGAGAUGUUUUUCUCUUGGCGCGAUUGACUUCGCGGGGGGGAUUUUAUUAUCCUGAGCCAUGCCUUAGGAGCCCGAGCAUGCUUGAAUGACUGAAAAUAUGAAAGAGAUGGUAGAACGCAAACAAGGGUCGUUUCGCUCUGUUUGCCAUAAUAUGACCGUGAGAUCGGCUACGUGAUAAUAUUCAAGAGCUGAUGCAGUAUUGUAAUAUCAAAAUACAUCGCAAUUUUUUUGCGGUAACCCAUUUCUUGCGGAAAAUCCCUUUAACUAGAUAGUAAACUUCACUGACGUUCUAGCCAUUGCGAUCUUUAGCUAGGACCGGGCAUCUUCGAGACGAUGAAAUUAUUAUGAAACAAAAUCUGUACCCCCUAUUGACGAAGGUCGAAAGGCCCUUUUCGGCGAAGAAAAAAUGGAAGAAUCCAUGGCCCUCUUCUCUUAAAUUCAAAUGUAUUCUAGCUAUUGAUUUUCAGUUUGGCCUCAAUUUGCUGAGGUCAAAAAGAAAAACUGGUUACUUUAAGUCGACUAGAAUGUUACGGAAUACAUGUAGUUCGAAAUCACGCCGUCAAAGUGAAAGUGAAAUAAAUAAGGGAAAAAGCCCUUUUCAAAGUCCCAAGCUUUUUCCUGUUUCGAUUGUAUUCAAGCUACAAUCGAAUUAUUCCUAGCGUUGAAAGGAGUACCACAAGUAGAAGAUGCACAGAUUCCGUCUUAUACUAUCACAGAGGGCAUUCAUACUUCAAGCAUUCUUCGUCUUUUCUUGAGGUAGGUUUUGAGAUAUUUUCUUUGUCAGUUUGGAAUUCAUUUGAUCACGAAGAAGUUAAGCCAAACUCAGCUGACUUAGCCAGUGUCGUCACUGUGUAUAAAGGGAACCGCUUCUGGAAAGAAGUCUGCUGAAACACCCCUCUAAAUAACGUGACCAUUAGCGAUCGUUUCUGCUCGUUUUAAACUUAAGCCGAAAGAACAUGUCAUGAUAAGAGUUAACCUUGUGAUCCGAAUAUAAGUGAGGAAGGGUAUAAAGUUAGACGCGCUUGCCCUUGGCUAAUUAAUUAAUUCAUGCGCAACAAACUUGUUUAGUCUGACCUAAACGACCUACAAAUAUCUCAUAGGAAUACCAACCUCGUGACAUUGUUCGUCUACAUUAUCUUUCUCUACGGGAAGGUUCCUUUAGAGAAUGGAAAAGUGAAUAGAUUUUUUUUCCAGAACUCAGUUGCUAUCUUUCCUGUAUUGAAAAGUUUGUAAGGAAAGUUAGUUUGCAGUUACUAUACGAGGUAUGAAAUGCAACUAGUGAUCGAAAGUCAUGGGUAUUAAAGAAAAAGGUGAUCAACAAACAAAUUAUAGCAGUAAAUAUUUGUUAAAAUGUAUGCGUCGAAUAGAGGGAGCGUGCAAAGAAAUCAUUUCAAAAUAUUUUUUCGUGAAAUUUGAUAGAAAAAGUAUUUUUUUUUCUUUAAAGUGCCUACGACACGAAUUUUUUUUUUGUAUUUUCUGGUAGAUAGCGGUAUUUAAAAUUAGAAAUAAUCGACCUUAGCGCCCGGCGAGUUCUCCUUUUCCACUUUUUUUGUGCAUUGAAAGUACGAUUUGGCGGCCAAAAAGUGUCCCCAUAAAGCGCGCGUGAUUGUUCAACAUUCCUUUCAGCUGACAUUUCGCAAGCGAAGAAUGGUGAGCUCCUUAUUGUUGUUUAUUUCACGCACUAAAGAUGUACUCAUACUCCUUGUCUUUCCACAUGACUACAUUUGCGCUUGUCUAAUCGUAUGAAAAUCGAACCAGUUGUAGUUUUCAUCGUUUUUUAAUAACAGAACUACAUCAUUUGUAAUAAAGUUCAAGCCCUUUCCUGAGCUGACCGAUAUCCUGUUGCGUGAACAGUGCGAAACCUCUGGCGGAUGCUGGCAUAAACACAAGCUUGAAGCGGCCGUGUAUUCUCCUAACCUAGGUUUCCGAAAAUCCAUCUCACGAGCCAUCAAUUCUCCCCACUCUUAAGAAAGUAAAAGUAGCAACAGUAACAAUGUCAUUGUGAUAUCCGCACCGCACUGAAAAAAAGAAAGAAACACAAGUUUUAUUGAAUUAGAUGAUAGCGAAUUCAAGUGCCGUGUGAAAGUCGAUGCAUUUGAAAUAUUCAUUUACCCAUAAGGCGAAAUGGGUCAUAUGGCAACGCUGCACUUAAACUGAAGAAUUUUUUCUCUAUUAAAAUCCCUCUUUGAGAUUAACUUGAAUCAGAUUACUAUGAAUUCACUCGUUUUCCGUUUGACCGGCUCGACAACGAUAGCCUUUGCCUUUGCACUCUCCGGGGAAAAGAGCAACUUGCAGUGAAACUGCUCGAUGACUUCUCGGCGAAAAAUCAUCGUGCCUCGUGAUACAGCUGAUUCUUUCGUCAAACGUUCGCUUUUGGUUUACUAUGGGAAUCACUCGACAGCAACGAAACUCUAGAGCACCGAGCAAGGGGAACCUUCGCCGCACUUAGUGCGAAGGAAUGAAAUGGUGUGGCAACGGAAACGAACACACUACCCAUUCUUAACAUAGAUUUCGCCAUAGAAACAAAACACAAACGCAACAAACUAAAUAUUCAGUAAAAGGAUUUUUUUGUUCUUUUCUUGACCCGAAAACCGCAGGCGAGAAACCGCCUUUGUCAGUCUUCGUCGAAGUCUUCGUCGAAAUCUUCGUUUGAUGCACGCGGUUCUCCUUCUUAGGGCUGAAUCGUGCUCGCAACUUCCAAUUUAUUCUUUGCUACUUGAGUUCGAUAUAUCACAACUCUCGGUAGAGCUUGCUGAAGGUAGCUAUACAUCGCUAUCGGUCAUAAUUUCAAGAGUAUUUCAACGCUGAUUGAUACAAAAUUAAAAGAAUAUGAGAGAUUUGUAAGAGUCAACUGAGAGUUUUCACAGUUUUCUACGUCAUCACCCACUAAUUCGUUACCAGUCCACGAGACACUUUUAAGACUUGCUCUUUCGAAUUGGGCUUCGAUCUUGUCAAAUCUUGGUUAUUUUUGUGAAGUGCGGUCGAUAAUUGCCGCAUGCAGCAAAAUUCACGGUGCCUAUUGUUGCUUUGAUCAUUGAACAGUCAAGAGUCAGGUUCAUCUUCACUAGAACUUUCCUCAGAACUGCUGCUUCCCGAGGUUUUUUCAAAAUAUUCACACCGCAAGCGUCUCAAGCUCACUGUUAUUCCUGUUAUAAGACGAAGUCAAUGCUGCGCACCUCUAUUUUGACCGAUGUAUAACCGGAAUAACAGUGACGGAAAAGCAACCUUAAAACGGCAGAGAACGCCGGAAACCGCAAUGGACAGAAAAGAUGUGACUAGAUUCUAUUGAUUUAAGGUGUAAAAUGUUCAUAUUUCGAAAUAUUUAUCGUUUUAAAUCGACCAUAUUUCGUUCGCCAUGCUAUUCCUUAGAACAUGUUCAAAUUCUUAACGGUUCCUCCCGUAAGUUAACACCGAGUCACACAAAAUGUGACGCUUUCAUGAACUAAUCGUUUGCUUUUUAUCGAGACGUGAGCUUGGGACGCCUUUUUCACACGACCUCUCUCUGCUGUUUUUCUUUCGAUAUAUUAGUGAGUAAAGUUAGAAACUAACCAGGCUUGAUUGGUCGAUGUGCCCUCGUGGGGGGUCCUAGGGUGCGUUCCUUUGGGAAAAUCAGGAUCAGGAUUUCUGAUCUGUGGCGUUCCUUUCGAGCAAAUCCAUUUUCAGAUCUGCGAUCUAUCAAAUACAUUCUGGACAAGGAUUCAUCGGAUCACUGAUCUGCGUGAUCUAAAGAUAGAUCAUUGGAUCACUGAUCCAACGCGUUCCUUUGGGCGAAGGAUCCGAAAUUAAUCAUUUUGCCUAGCGGUGCUCAAUUUCAAAUUAGUAACAAUCUUUGUAAUGUUAAAUCGAUCGCAGGCAUUCAGGGUUCCCAAGUAUCCAUAUCAUAAUCAAUACUUACUUCUAUCCAUCGUUUGAGUUUUCUAUGAAAAAUGUGCUGCUAAUGAUUAUUGCUAAUUAGAAAAAUUGUGCGCGCUUAAAAACCGUGCAGUUAGACGAGCCAUUCAGGGAAGAGCUCAAUAACCCACGUGCAUACACAAGUCUUAAAAUAGCGCACUUUUUGGAAUUCUCUGAGAGCUCGUCUAAAAUUCCGUUCCUUUCCUGCACCGUGAUCUGUGUGAUCUUGGAUCACAAAUCCUAAUCCGGAUCCUCCCAAAGGAACGCACACCUAGUUCGCGGUAAAUUCAAACUAAAAACAGACUUAUCUGUGAAAACGCCGUGACAAAAAUACAGGGCAGUUGAAGGCUCCAAGUGAUGAGCUCCUGACAAUUGAAAAUUGGUUGGCACCAAGGCAUACGGACUGUACACGGAUUGUGAAUGUCAGUUUUACUGCCAUUGGCCGAAAACGAAAAACGAUUUGUAAUCCGUUUUCCAAAUUCACGAAAACGAAGAACGAAAAACGAAAAAGAAAAUUAAAAUCCGUUUUUUCAAGUUACAAAAAUGAAAAACGGAGAGCGUAAAAUGAAUUCGAAUUCCGUUUCCUUCCCGGCGGAGAAAAAAUGCAAAACGGAAAUUUCGUUGUUUUGCAGCAAAGAAAAGCGAAAAUAAAAUUUGUGUUUCAUUUUCAUAUGCAAUCGAUUCUAAAUUUUUACCCAAAACAAACUUUUGUGUCAUGGGCACUUUAAAUAAGGAUCAAAAAUCGAAUGAUUGUUCGGUAAGCAAUAAUUGCUCAGAACAAACACAGAGUGCAUCAAUUUACAUUACAGCUGUCUUCUGAUAAAUGAGUGGAAAGCACUCUCUAUACCAAACAAAAGAUAUUGUCAAAAAUGAACAAAGGGUGACAUCGCUAUUGACGACAUAAUACUUUUAUAUAGCAUCAGAAAUAGUAGUUUACGUAAUUUCCCCGACAGCAAAUCAUGAUCGAAGGGAAAACUCCCCAAAAUCAAAAUAUAUCGGUAAGUGUAGCAGUACAGACCAGGGAUACAGGAGUUAUAACUGGAAGUUGGAGCACUUAUUGAUCGAUGAUAGAUAUGGCGAAUGGAAUUCGUAGAGCAUUUCAAAGUUUAUUCCUUCUUGUCGCACUGCUGAGCGUUUUUAGUGGUAUGUGUUUUGAUACGAGUGUGACCGUCCUUUCUAUUGUAAAGUUAAAGUAGCCAGCCAAACCACUCAUUGCGACGGAGUAAACGGCGGUUGACAGGGUUGCCUUGCUUGAUUUUGGGAAUAUUCGAGGUUUGCUUCUAUUCGACUGUUGCAGAAAAACUUGUUCUUCGUGAUUCGUGAAUUUCUGAGCCCCGCGAUCAGUGAAGAUCUUGAAUGAAACGUUAGGAAUAUCUUGAGGUUAAUUUCGACGGAAGAGCCGAUGAGUCGAGAAAUUUUUACAGUCAUCAAGCCUUUCAAAGACUUGAAAAAGCCUCCAACAUUUGUUUGUUUAUAUGGAUGAAUACCUUAAAUUAAGAGUUUAAUUUGAUAGGUGCGUGACGUCUCAUGAAAACCAAUAAUACGCUGGCAAUCGCAGAGAGGUUAUGUUUAUCUGUCGCUUAACCAUAUGGCGUCUGUUGUGUGUGAGAGCCUCAGUGCCUGUUCACUGAUUUUUCACAGGGCAGUGUUUUAAUGUCAAUUUCUAGCGUUACUUAAAUUAAGUAGAAGUUUCAUUAGGCGAUGAGAACGCUUCUACAAGCGUUAUAUACUGAAGGAUAUAAACUCCCUGGAGACGAGAAUGCUGAAACCAAAAAGACACGUAAACUGUUGAGGGGAAAAAUGAUUACACGAGCUGGAAAUAAAAUUGGCAAAAGCAAAAUUCUUAAUACAUGCGAAAUGCGUGACGAAGAAUCCAUUUUUAAAACGUUUGCUCGAUUCAUUCUCAACAACUGUCAACUUGGUAUUGUUUUAAUAUUGUAAGGAGAAAUUCUGCCUUAAUCAUUCAUGGAGUUCAUCAUGGUGCUUCUCAUCGCGAUUGUCAAUCUGUUUAUCUUAGCAGGCAGCAGCACUACUCUAGAGGGAAAGAAAUAUACCUGUCCCAAAAAAACCGAAACAUUUGAGUGUGACGCUGCAAAAAGGGUUCCAGAAGAAUUUAACAGAGGAACAUCAUACAAGAUAAACGACCUGAAGAAUCCAAGCGAUGAAAGAGCAUCAGAAAUUUAUUGCCACAAAAAAAGAUGUAUUGUGCAGAAAAAUAAACUGUAUGGAAGAGUUCAAGUCUUGGAGAAAAACGCCACGAGAAUGACCUUUCGGAUGCUGAACUUGGAUGAUUCUCUGCGUUUUUCAUGCGAUGUACACACCGCACCUGAAUAUCAGGUCACUGAGUUUCAUACCAAGGACUUCACAGCUGUCGAAUGUAAGUUGAAUUAUCCUCAGUCGAGAAACGAUGAUGUAAUCUUGAAGCAGGUAAUUUGAAGAGGCCGCCAACCCUUUUAUUUUUACUUUCUGCCCUCCCCUCCCUUAAGACUUCCCCUAUUUUCUUGGAACUAUAUCUUCCAUUACUGACGCCCACCCUUUCUUCUUCGAGUGUGUGUUGUGUGAAUGUGUGGAGGGAAGGGGGAGGGGAAGGGGGAGGGGGAGGGGGAGUGGGGAGGGGAGUUGUAAAGAAUCUCUUUAUCGGUUCUAUGAGGCGCCAACGGAUAUACUGCGAGAACAGGUAGAACUGUAACACCAAGAAGAUAUUUGCUAUUUCGGGAAGUUUAUGAUAUCCUUAAAAUAAGAAACUUAGCUACAAUAUAACUUUAUUCAAUUUACACGCUAAUUAAUAACUGACAUCAUCUGCAUCAUUUUACUAAAUAUUUACGUAUUUUUAUUGAUGUUCAGGCGUUCGCAGUUGCAUUGGCCACAGGGCUAACUUAUCUUGUUCGAGCUUUCAACAAUUUCUUCAAACUCCACAUGGCUUGGGAGCGUUCUUGAAAAAAGCUGAUGGAUCUGAAGAUAUCACUUUCUGCAAUGAAAAAGGGAACUGCACCUGUAUGGACGGGUGUAGAGAGUACAAGGGCAGAUUGGAACCGGGAUAUAAAACAGUAAACAUGCGAACCGUCAGGAUGGAAGACGCUGAGAUAGAUUUUAUGUUCUAUUUUGAACACAACGAUCCCCGAAAACAAACGCCCGAAAAAUGUAUUUUCAAAAUCGAUCCUGUGGUUUGUCCAGGUAAGACAGCUUCUUGAUUUCGUUCAUUUGUGAUAAUGUUGACUUGACACGACUCUGCAAAAAAGUUCUAUAACAUAGUUGUAAUUUCUUGUAAACAAAUCCAACAGCAAGGGCUUGAUUUUAAUUUUCAUGUCUUCCCUUUAUUUCGCUAUAGAUAUUUAUACUCCAGUAUUAAAUUUGAUAGGAAAUGCGUUCUGUUGCUCGUAAUUAAACGCUGUAAUGAUAAAGGCUGGGCGAUAUUGAGGUAGUUUUAGGAAUUCCAAUAACUGAAAAAAAAAACUGAAGUAUUGAAUAACGGGAAAGUAUACGACCAUUGUGCCAUAUAUGGCGACACAUUGCUAAUUAAGAGCUUGAUGAAUCUAAUUUAACAUUUUUCUGCCACAGGCACACCAACCGGAACUCCAGAAAAGUCUUCAGGAGAAACUGAAAGCAAAGAAAAUGCACAUAACGUCACGCCAGGUACCAUAAAGGGGACAACAAAUUUUUAAUUUCUGUGAUUGAUGUUGGCAGUUUUAAUUUUGGAUAAUACAUUUGAAAGGUGAAUUUACCGCACGGUUUCGACUCAUCUGACUCUCGGACGGAGGCCACACUUCGCAAGGGAAAUUACCCUAGUAACUUGAUAGGAAAUGUGAUAUGUUGUUUGGUUGUGCUGUGAUGAUGAAACUGGGCGAUGAUUGAAUACUUUCCUCAAUUCAAAUAACUGUUAGACCCUGAAUUAUCGAAUAAUAGCAAAAUAUGCUGCAAAUGAGAAGAUUUAUUUUAUAACGAAACAUUUUUCUGCCACAGGUAAACCAACCAGAAGCCCAGACGAAAUCACAGAAAGGCCUUUACAAGAAAAUGAAAGCAAAAGAACAAAACACCCAUCUACCAGCUCGAAUAACGUCACGCCAAAAACCAUAGAAGUGAAAAGAGGGCUCUUAUUUCUGGGCUUGAUAAUGGCAACUUUUAUUUUUCCUAGAUAGCAGAUUGUUUAAGACUCAGUCGACCUUUGGACAUAUCUGAUCUUAGGUUCUGCUCAACUGAGACACAGGAUGUGGUUAACGAAUACCCACAACAUAUCAAAGGGUCCAUGAAGGAGCCUCUCCAUCAUCAGGACAACGGGGUUCUUGUGUUGAUCAAGAUGCUCUAAUAAGAUGGACCUACUGUCCUAAUGAGUAUUUCAUGUUGUUUCGUGUCACAAUCUUGUGCAGCUUCUUCGCUCACGAGCCAUUUCUGACUUGUGGCAAGCCAAGUAAAUAAAUUUUGUUGCGCAUUAUUAUUUUCUGUUCAAAGCAUGAGCCUCUCUGUAUAGAUUUUAGUAGAGUAUAUUUAGCAGUAAAGUGUUCUUGUUUAUCAAUAGUCAAGUAUUGUGAUAUAUUUCUUUACUUCAAGCGACCAACAUCAAAGUCAACGUAAUGUAAC